AAGACAAGACCAGUUGCUUUCCCCUAGACGGUAGAUGUCCUGACCUAAAUAUGUUUUCGACACAACAGAGAACUUUUUCGUUGACGAAGGCAAGAAUAUUUGUAGCAAAACUCCAUAAGCUGUCAGAAAGAUAUGUUUCACUUAGUAGUUCCAAUCUAUUCUCUACGAAAGGAGUGACAACUACCUCGUUCCCCGAAUUUGAGAAAGAUAAUACUUUAGAUAUACACCAGAACCUGUACGACUACAGUAUUAACAGUUCAGAAACAUUCUGGGCCACACUUGCAAGGUCCAGACUGAAAUGGUCGAAGGAAUUUUCCCAGGUCAGUGAUUGCAACAUCAAUGAAGGAAAGAUAAGAUGGUUUAUGGAUGGACAACUGAAUGCUUCAGUUAAUUGUGUUGACAGACAUUUAGAAAAGAUUGGUGAUAAUGUAGCCAUAAUAUGGGAAAAAGAUGAACCUGGCACAGAAGAAUUUAUUACAUACAGACAAUUAUCAGUAAUGAUAAACAAGAUUAGCAAUGUACUGAAAAGGCAUGGAGUAGGAAAAGGUGAUCCUGUUGCAAUUUAUUUGCCCACUACUCCCAUGGCAGUAGCGGCCAUGUUAGCAUGUGCUAGAAUUGGUGCUAUUCACAAUGUGGUGUUUGCCGGUUUUAGUGCUGGAUCAUUAUCUGACAGAAUCAAAGAUGCUAAAGCAGAAACAGUUAUAACGGCAGAUGAGGCAAUCAGGGGAGGUAAGACUAUUCCAUUAAAAGCAGUAGUUGAUGAAGCAGUAAAACUUAGUGGAUGUGUGAAAAGAGUUUUUGUGUAUCGUAGGACAAGAAGAGAUGUACCCAUGACAGAUGUGGAUUUUGACCUAGAAAAGGAAAUGCAAUCAGAAUCAAGUGAAUGUAAACCAGAAGAAAUGAAUAGUGAAGAUUAUCUGUUUAUGUUGUAUACCUCUGGCUCUACUGGUAAACCGAAGGGAUUAGCUCAUUCAACAGCUGGUUAUCUACUUUAUGCUGGCAUGACACAAAAGUACGUUUUUGACUAUAAACAAGGAGAAAGAUUUGGAUGUGUUGCUGAUAUUGGAUGGAUAACAGGUCACAGUUAUGUUGUGUACGGACCUUUAUUCAAUGGUGGAACAACUGUUUUAUUUGAAAGUACACCUGUUUACCCAGAUCCUGGAAGAUAUUGGGAAAUGGUAGAACGUCUUAAACUUCAACAUAUAUAUUUAGCACCUACGGCACUACGUAUGUUGCUAAAGGAAGGAAGAUCUUGGGUCACAAAAUAUGACAGAUCAACAUUAAGAAAGUUGGGAUGUGUCGGUGAACCAUUGAAUCGUGAAGCCUUUGAUUGGUACAAUGUUGUUGUUGGUGACAAGAAAGCAGAUGUUGUUGACACAUGGUGGCAGACAGAGACUGGUGGAAUUGCUAUAUCACCUAGACCAUCAGAGGAAGGAGCUGAAAUAUUACCUGCUAUGCCAAUGAGACCAUUCUUUGGUAUCAAACCUGCCCUUGUUGAUAAAAAUGGAAUUGAACUGCAUGGAAAUAAUGUGAUGGGAGCUUUAUGUAUCAAUUCUUGUUGGCCAGGGAUGGCAAGGACUAUAUACGGGGACCAUCAGCGUUUUAUAGAUACAUAUUUUAAUCCCUUCAAAGGCUAUUACUUCAGUGGUGAUGGAGCAGUCAGAGAUAAGAAAGGUUAUUACCGAAUAACAGGAAGAAUGGAUGAUGUACUGAAUGUUAGUGGUCAUAGAUUAGGAACGGCUGAAAUUGAAGACGUAAUUGAUGAUCAUCCAGAAAUUGCAGAGUCAGCAGUUGUAGGAUUUCCUCAUGAAAUAAAGGGUGAAGGAAUCUAUGCCUACGUAGUGUUAAUGGAGGACGGUAAACAUAAUGAAGAGGAACUUGAAGAAGAACUCAGGAAAAUGGUUAAAACAAAGAUUACCGGCUUUGCUCAACCAGAUAAAAUAUUGUUCUCACCAGGACUACCAAAGACCAGAUCAGGAAAGAUAAUGAGAAGAAUUUUACGCAAAAUUGCUGCCAACAAACCUAAUGAACUUGGUGACGUUUCAACAUUAUUUGAUCCAUCAAUAGUAGAAGCAAUUGUCAAAAGACAUGGCGAAAAGUUCAUGGAAGCUGAAUAUGAACUGCCUUUCUAACAAGUUAAAGUAUUUUAUACAUGUAUUACUAGUAUACGUAAUUUUAAUUUCUGCAGAUAUAUUUCGUAAUGAGGAAUUCAUAUUCAAGGUUUUAAAUUAUUAAAAUCAAUAAGAAAGUAAUUCAACAAUAAACGUUUUGAAGAUGUUUAUAAAAAAUUUAAAUAACAAAAAAAAGUUUUGAUUUUGUUAUUCCCCUUGGACAGAUAAAAUAAGUGCAACGCGAGACAGCGGAACUCUUUUUUUUUAUGUAUUGUAAAAAAAAAUCACAAAUGUUAAGUAACUUCUUUUUUUGCUUGGAUGUCAACGAGAAUCGAAAAAUAGAUAUAAUAACUAUUAUUAUUCCCGGAGACAAGAAUGGUUUUGAAAUUGGAAAAAUAUUGUCAUAAAAACUUAAGUUUUGUUAAAAAAAAUUGCAAAUUUUGAGAAACAUCUUUUUGUUCUAGGAUUGCAAAGAAAAUUGAUAUACAGGUAUGAUAUGCUAUUCGAAUUUGAUUCCAGGUGUCAAAUUUGCUGUAAAAAUUAAAUUUAUAUUAAACAAUCACAAAUUUUGUGAAACGUCUUUUUGUGCUGGAAUUUCAAUGAAAAUUUAUCAAUUGGCAUAUCCAUUGGCCACCAUUUUCUAGAUGAAUGUCAAAAUACAUACUAAACAGUUACAAAUUAAUAGUGCUCGGAUUUAAGAGAAAAUUUACAUUUACGUAGAACAUAACCUGAAUUGUUUUCUGGUUUUGGGGUUUUCGAAAAGAUCAAUAUAAACUUUAAAAAAAUGUUCAAUGCAUUAAUCCUAUAUACUUAAUUGUAACAUACUAAUAUAUUGGUCAUGUGUUGUUAUCUCUAGUCAAUCCCCGUUCUUGUACAUAGUCUUUCAAAUUAAGCACGCGUUGAUGACUGGUGAUUUAAACCCUCACAUCUAGUUUAAUUCAUAUGAAUAUAUAUUUUUAACAUCAUAAAUAAACCAUUUAAAUCCUUGUUAAGAAAUUAACUGUAAAAAAUUUUAAGGAAAAAAAUUAAUAAAUCAAUAAGUAGACUUGAUAUAGAUUUUUAAGAGAGAUGAUAACAAGAAUUUUUAUUUUUUUUUGCUCUUAGAAAUGUGGUAUGUAAAAUUGCCCAUGCUUAGACUUUAAACUUAAGUCCAUUUUUGCUAUAAAAGAAAUCAUUAAGCUUAUAAAUUGUUGUUAUUGAUGAACCUCAAAAUAAAUGAUUACUAGUAUUAAAAUGUAGCAUGAGGAUGUAAUCAUGCAGUUUAUUUGUUUUUUAAAUAAUCUUACAGUUGCUGUUAUGAUUGAAUGUCUUCCGUUUUUAAACUUUAUUAUACUUGUUCUCAUAUUUAGGAGUAUGUCAGGUCUUGCGAUAUUACAGUAGGUAAAGUGUCUGGCUUGGAUCGUGUUUAUUAAAGUAAUUUGAUCGGGAUUUUCGAGUGAAUAUGAUAAAAAUUGUAAACAAUCAGACUUCUUUUCUGGUAAGACGUGAAAUAGUUGCUUAAACUUACUUUACAAGAUCAUACAAUGUUAGUUGUUAGUAUUUGUGAUAAAAAGAUAUUAUCAACCCUACUUAUUUUGUGUUAUAAAAGUUUGAUAUAGCUUUACAAUGCUUUUAUUCCAAAAUAUAGAAUAAAGCUACUUAUAUACACAUACCAAUGCAAAUGUCAAAGGAAAUGCAUAUGUGGAAUCUAUAUAUCCGUAGAUAUACAGAUAUUUUAUAAAAAUUCUUGUUAAUGCAUUGUGAAGGACAUGUUUAAAAUAAAUUCAUUUUCAUA